AUGGCGACCAAUGAUGAUCUUGAUGAUUUCUUUAAAAAGAAAGAUCGUAAAGGACAUAAAAAUAAAAAACAAUCCGGUUUAUUAACUAAUAAUCAAGAAUUACUUAAGCAAUUAGAAAUUGUCACAUCGGCAACAUCUGCAUUUAAAGAAAAUCUAUAUCUUGAUGAAGACGAUGAAGAAUUACAAAAGAACGAUGAACCCGUUCUUGUGGCAAGCCUAACUGAAGAAAUUCGUAAAAAUCCAAUUAAAUCUAAUAAAAACAAAAUUCCUGAUAAUACUAAAACUCUUCAUGAACAAGAAAUAAUCAAUUCUGAAGACGGACAACAAGACGAAUGGGAAGAUUUCGAAUCGUCAGCUAUUAAAUAUGAACAAUUACGUUUAAAAUUUGCAGCUGGAAAUAAUGAUAAUGACGAUGAAUAUGAUGAUGAUGAAAAUAAUCAUAAUGAUAAUGAUCAUAAUAAUGAUACAGCUAGUGAUCGUAAUCAACAAAAAGAUAAACCUGCUUGGAGCAUUGAUCAAAAGAAUCAAGAAAAAGAAACAAAUGUUCCUGUUAUAGCAGAAAAAAUUGUUGAAGAUCGACCAGCUCCAGUAAAACCAACAGCAGCCGGAGCUUAUCGACCGCCAGCAUUACGUGGUAAUUCGUCAUCAGUUACCGUUGUUAGCGGUAACCCGCAACGAGUGGCAAAAAAGAAAGAACCAAAUUUAGCUUCAACCGAUGAAUUUCCAACGCUCGGAUCAGCUGUUCAUAAAAAAUAA